AUGUUUCGAAUUGUUAGGAGUUUGCUGACAUUUCAGGUAUUUUUUUGUUUGAAUUUUGAGAAAAUCUGGGAUUUUAGGCCUAUUUUCCAGGCUCAAAAUCAACAGUUUCGACACUUUUCGUCGCCCAAAAAUCGCUCAAAAUUCGCGCGAAAAUCACGGAAUUUCGAGCCGAAAAUUGUGCCAAAUUUGGAGCCAAAAUUGGAAGAAAUUGAGGUUUUUUAUCCGCCCGAUGAUUUGGAUCCGAAAAAAUCAAUGUUGCCGAGGAUUUGUGAGGAGUUGAAGGUUUGUGCGGCGAAAUUGCAGAAGGGGCGGGGCUUGGGGGAAAAACGUGCGGCAGAAUGGCAACUGAAACUUUUUUCUUUUGAAAAACCUAAUUCAAAUUGCCACGUGGAUGUGAAAUUUCAAAAAAAAAUUUUUUUGCCGCUCAAAAAUGCCACGUGUUUUUUCUAUUGAAAAAAUCUUAGAAUUUUUUCACGCUUCAGAAUCAGAUUUUUUUUGUCAAAUCAAAAAAUUCAAAAAAAUUUUGGCGCUCAAAAAUGCCACGUGUCAUUUUUUGUUAAAAAUUCUGGCGCCAAAACUACAAUUUCAAAAAAUAUUCAAAUUUUGGCGCCAAAAAAAUCCCCCAAUACUUUUUUACAGCAAAAAAGUUCGCAUAACUUCAUUCUUCCCGCCUCGAAUUCUUAUCUUUUCGAUCAAAUCGUCGUCAAUUUAGAAGAACUCAUCAAUAAACACGGUAUCUUCUUUUUUUUUGGCUGAAAUUUUUGCGUCUGGAAAUGUUGUUCAAGGCGAAAAAAUGAUUGAUUGAUUGAUAACUAGUGAUUUCCAGGCGUUCGCCCCGAAUUCGUUCUCGACGCCUUCCUUAAAAAUCCGCGUCUUUUCCGAUGUUUUAUCGAUUUUCCGGAAGAAAGUCUGAAAAUUUGCCGAGUUUUGGUCGAAUUUGCCAAUUUUUCCAUGGAGGAUUCGAUGAGGAUUUUGGCAUUGUGAGUUUUUUUUGAGAUGAAAAAAAAUGAAAAUUCAAGAUUUUUGGGCCUAAAAACAUGAAAUUCUACAUAGAAAUUCAAAUUUCCCAGUUUUCCCGCUCAAAAAUUCCACGUGUCAUUUUUUAGCUAAUUGUAAAAAUUUUGGCGCCAAAACUACAAUUUCAAAUAUUCAAAUUCUGGCGCCAAAAAAAAUCCCCAAUAUAUUUUAAAAAUUCUGGAAAAAUUUGCCGAGUUUUGGUCGAAUUUGCCAAUUUUUCCGUGGAUGAUUCAAUGAGGAUUUUGGCAUUGUGAGUUUUUGAAAUGAAAAAAAAAAUGAAAAUUCAAGAUUUUUGGGUCCAAAAACAUGAAAUUCUACAUAGAAAUUCAAAUUUCCCAGUUUUCCCGCUUUAUUCUCAAUAGAGCGCAUUUCCAAUUUUUUCCCAAAUAUGCGAAAAUUUCAAUUUUUCACCUCAAAAUUUUCGAAGUUUCUCAUUUUCCCGCCAAUUUUUCUCAAUAGAGCGCAUUUUCAAUUUUCCCCCAAAUAUGUGAAAAAUUUCAAUUUUUCACCUCAAAAUUUUUGAAUUCUCUCAUUUUCCCGCCUAUUUUCUCCCGAAAAAAUCGAUUUUUCAUUCAUUUUUCCUUGUCUGAAAGAAGGUGUCAAUCAAAAUUUCAUUAUCAAUUUUUGUUUCUGCCACCGUCUCCAACAUUUUUGCCCCCUUUUUUUCCCGAAAAAAUUUUAAUCCAUUUUUUUUGGCUGAAAAUUAUAGUAUAUUAUUUUUAUUAUCAUUAUGAUGACUGCUGAUAAGAAAGAAUUAUCUUUAUUUUAUUUUUUCUACUGAUUAAUCCGUAUACAUUUUUUUCCUGAAGCCCUUUUUUGUGACGUAGUUUUUCUAGGGAUUUAACAUUUCGAUGUCCAAAAAUUUCCACGUGGCAACAUUUUUGAGCACCAAAAUUUAGUUCUUUUGAAUUCAAUUUUUCGGCGUCUGAAAAUUGCCAAGUGUUAUUUUUUCAAAAUUCAAAAAAUCCUGCCACGUGGCAAAUUUCGCUCUAUUGAAAUGUGUAUUCAAAAAAAAUCCCAUAAAUUCUCGCUUGCGCAACACACACAGAAACAAAUUGGACACCUGGCCCAAAACAAAAAAAGUUUUGGCGCCCAAAAAAAAAUUUCGCAAUCUUUUUGGGUUUUUUAUGGGUUUAGCUAUGAUUUCUCUUGAAAAUCCCGAUUUUUUUUGCAUUUUUCAUGAUUUUAAAUAGUUUUUCUAUAAUUUUAAUGAAAUUCCGCAUUUUUGAGCCUAGAAUUGCUCAUUUUCACUCAUUUCCUCCCCGAAAUUUUUUUUAAUUUUAGGCCUAGAGCACAACAAGUUGUUGUUGUUGUUUCUCCAUCGGCUCUUUUCUCUUUUGAGCCAGUCACCGCGCGGCUGUGCUCUUUUCCCCCUCUUCAGCCAUUUUCAGCGUUUUCUUUUGGUUUAGUUGGUCAGACGGAAAAGUUCGUGUUCUUCUUCAUGUUCUUGUAUAUACUACUACGACUACAUUUAUUUUCUCUUUUUCCUUUUUUUCGUUGAAACGAACAGCUGCGAGUUUUAUUAGCCCAAUUUUGGCGGGUUUUUGAGGAGUUGGAGGUCCUUUUUCUCUCGAUUGAGCUUAAAAUUAGGAUUUUCCGAGCUUGAACUUCAUCUUUUGGUUCUAGAUUGUGGAUCUUUAGCUCCAGAAGCUAUUUAGAUAGCUUUGGAGUGGAAAUUUUGAUUUUUCAUCGAUUUUCGUCUGAAAUUAUAGUUUAGAACUCUAAAAUCAACAUUUUCUGAAGAAUUUUCAGCCCUAGGAAUUUGAAUAUUCGAAGUUACGUUAAGUCCGAGGAUUUUCGAACCGAGAAGCUGAAAUUUCAGAUUUUAUGCUGAAAACCAAGCUUUUCCAUCCUUGGAACUGGAAUUUUGAAAUGUUCCUCAAGCGUUACGUCAAUUUCGAACCCUGGAACUUGAAAUUUUAGUCUUAGCUCGUUUUUCAGCGGUUCUAAGUCUGAAAUUCGGGCUGUUCACUGUCAGAAGUGAAAUUUCAGUCAAAUUUUCGAGAAAAAUCGAUUCUGAUAGAAAUUUUCGUGAUUUUCUUCCAAAAAUCAUGUAUUUCCGCUCAUUUUCAUCCAAUUUUCAGACCAGAAAAUCAAUCUGAAAAUGAUGUGAACGUGUUCUUUUUUCAUUAAUAAUAAUCAUCCAAAAGAAAAGGAAAGGUGAUAAGAACAACACACUUUUUAUUUACCAAUGAUUUUUUUGUGGUUUGCCGUCUGAAAGUCUCAUUGGAGACCUGGAUUUUCGAGUUUUUCGUGGAUUUUUGGCCUAGAAAAGUGAUUUUUGGUGGAUUCUAGGCCAUUCUGAGUCUGGUGGCCUAGAAACCAAAUUCUGUCGGAUCUUAGGCCAUGGUUUUGGUUUCUGUGUCCGGUGGCCUAGAAAAUAUAUUUUUGGUUUUCUAGGCCAGCGUUUAAAUUAUUCUGAAAAAUCUUAGUUUUCAUGAAGUUUAUUAAUUGCUUGGUUUCUGAGUCCGGUGGCCUAGAAAAUUUUUUUUUUUUUGGAUUUCUAGGCCAUCGUCUAAAUUCUCUUAUAAUUAGUUUUCAUGUGAAUUUUAUCAAUUUUUUUUUCAGAUUCCCCGAUGAUUUGCUCAAACACGGCGCCACAAACUGCGCGGAAAACAUUCAAUCAAUAUCCGCUUGCGGUCUUUCCGCGCCUCGCCAAAUCCAUUCGAUGAUCAAACGAUGUCCGCCGCUGAUUUUUGCGCGAGAUCCGCAAGAGAUGCGCAAGGUUGCGCAUGAGUUGGGAGCAUUUUUCAGCCGGAAACAGGUGGGGUUUUGAGGGAAGAGAAAUUUUCAGUUGAAAAUUCAAAAAAUCAACAAAAUCCUACUGUAGAUCGCUAUGGGACCCAAAAAAUUUAGGAGUACUGUAGUGCCACGUCAAACACGUGAUCUUCGGGUUUUUCCGAACUUUUAUAUCGUCUUUCGAAGGCUUUUCGUUUUGAUGGUUUGAUUCGCUCGAAUUUUCGUUCCUGAAAUUGAAUUUAGGUCAAAUUUUGGUGCCAAAUUUGAAUUUCGCGCCAAAAAUCAACCUUGGGGGCUAUUUUUAACGCUAAACUCGAAUUUCGCACGUAAAAAGCUAUUAGGUCAAUUUCUGGAGCUCAAAACUCACCUUAUGCUCAUUUUCCUCCAAUUUUCCCAUCAAUGACUUUUGCGACCUGAAAAAUAGGGGAUUUUUGGAGGAAAAUUUGAAGUUUUGGGUUAAAACUUGGAAAUCUUACUGUAAAAUUUGAAAAUUCGAAAUUUACGUCAAAAAUUGAUCCAGAAAAUGAUGAUUUUCAGAAAUUCUGGAAUUUUUUGAGUCCCCGAAGUUCCCGGGUCGAAAUUCCACAUAGAUUUCAAAUUUUCAGGUUUCAGAGCUCAAAAUUUGGCUCUAAAACUAGAAAAUUUGAAUUUUACGUGAAAAAUUGAGUCCAGAACUUCAGAUUCAACUAAAUUUUCAAAAAAUUAAAAUCCAGAAGUUCCUAACUAAAAUUUGAUGUAAAUUUCGAAUUUUAAGGUCCUGGAGCUCAAAAUUCGGCUCCAAAACUAGAAAAUUUGAAUUUUAGGUGAUUUUAAAAUUGAGCCUAAAACUUGUGAUUUAACUAAAUUUCCAAAAUGUUGAAAAAAUUCAAAUCCAGAAGUUCCUAGGUCAAAAUUCCACGUAGAUUUCAAAUUUUCAGGUUUCAGAGCUCAAAAUUCGGCUCUAAAACUAGAAAAUUCCAGCCAAAAAUAGUUUUUUUUCAGUCAUCUCAAUUGAUUCUAAAAUGCCCCGAAGUUUUGCUGAAACCCAUCGAAGAAAUCGAGGAAAAAUAUGAAUAUGUAUUCUAUCAGGUAACCUUUUUGUCAUUUCUGAAAUUUUGCUGAAAAUCCCACGAAUUUUCAGAUGGGAGCCGAACCCGAUGAAUUAUCCGAAUGCAAAUCGUGGAUCGAAGAAUUGAGCUGGGAAAAUCUGAAAAAUCGCCACACAUUUUUGCAAAAAACUGGAAAAUAUUCGAUGCCUGAUCCAAAACGACCACAAAUUCGACUCGAAAAUCCGAAAAUGUUUAGAAUUAUUGACUCGAGUGAUGAGGAUUUCUCGCAAAAUGUGGGAUUUUGGGAGAAUUUUUGAACUCUGAAACCUGAAAAUUCGAAAUCUACGUGGAAUAUUGAUCUAGGAACUUCAGGGACUCAAAAAAUUCCAGAAUUUCUGAAAAUCAUCAUUUUCUGGAUCAAUUUUUUACGUAAAUUUCGAAUUUUCAAAUUUUAGAGCCGAAUUUUGAGCUCUGAAACCUGAAAAUUUGGAUUCUAGGGAAAAUUUCGACCCGGGAACAUCAGGGACUCAAAAACUUCCAGAAUUUCUGAAAAUCAUCAUUUUCUGGACCAUUUUUUCACGUAAAUUUCGAAUUUCUUAGUUUUAGAGGCGAAUUUUGAGCUCUAGGACCUGAAAAUUUGAAAUCUACGUGGAAUUUUGACCUAGGAAUUUUGAGUGUUGGAUUUUUUUCAACAUUUUGGAAAUUUAGUUGAAUCUCAAGUUCUUGGCUCAAUUUUUCACGUAAAAUUCAAAUUUUCUAGUUUUACAGUCAGAUUUCCAAGUUUUAACCCCAAACUUUAAAUUUUCCUCCAAAAAUCCCAUUUUUUCAGGUCGCCAAAGUUAGUUUGGAAGAAUGGAUGGUUUAUCAAACAUUGAUGGGAAAAUUGGAGGAAAAUGAGCAUAAGGUGAGAAGUUUUGAGCGCCAGAAAUUCAUCUAGGAGCUUUUUAGGUGCGAAAUUCGAGUUUAGCGUCAAAAAUAGCCCCCAGGGUUGAUUUUUGGCGCGAAAUUCAAAUUUGGCGCCAAAAUUUGACCUAAAUUUAAUUUCAGGAACGAAAAUUCGAGCGAAUCAAACCAUCAAAACGAAAAGCUUUCGAAAGACGAUAUAAAAGUUCGGAAAAACCCGAAGAUCACGUGUUUGACGUGGCACUACAGUACUCUUAGAUUUUUAGGGUCUCAUAGCGAUCUACAGUAGGAUUUUGUUGAUUUUUUGUUAUAAAAAUUUUUUUUUCAAUUUUUUUGUGGAAUUUUUUUUCUAUGGUUUUUAGCCAAUUUUGUAAUUAAUUAUCUCUAUCGAUUUUUUUCCGCCAAAAUUAAUUUUUUUGCAGAUUUUUGAAUGUCCAAUGUAUUCUUAUGAAAGUCAACAGCAACACUGGACUUAUGAUCAACAUGUGAGUUUUUUGACUGAAAAUUUGAAAAGAGCUGAAAAUUUCGGAUUUUUUGAGACUAAAUUUGAUGGGAAAAAUCGAUUUCGAGCUGAAAACUUCGGGAAAUCUGGAAUUUUUGACUGAAAAUUUGAAAAUAGCUGAACAUUUUGGAUUUUUAAGCCUAAAAAUGUUUUUCUGAAAAUUUUCAAUGAAGCCGAAAUUUUUUUUAGAAAUUACAGAAUUCUUGGCUGAAAUUCUACAAAUUUGAAAAAGGCUGAAAAUUCCAGAUUUUUUGAGACCAAAUUUGAUGGGAAAAGUUAAUUUUGACUGAAAACUUCGGGAAAUCUGAAAAUUCUGGAAUUUUUUGAGCCUAAAAAUGGUUUUCUGAAAAUUUGGGGGAAAUCUGGAAUUUAUGACUGAAAAUUUGAAAAGAGCUGGAAUUUCCGGAAAAAAAUUCUGUAAUUUUUUGAGUUUCAAGCUGAUUUUCAGCUUUACUGAAACAUUGAAAAAAUCUGAAAGUUUUGGAUUUUGUUUUUCUAAAAAUUUUAAAUGAAGUCAAAAACAUUUAGAAAUUACAGAAUUCUUGGCUGAAAUUCUAUAAAUUUGAAAAAGGCUGAAAAUUCCAGACAUUUUGAGACCAAAUUUGAUUUGGGAAAAAUUGAUUUUGAGCUGAAAACUUCUGGAAAUCUGGAAUUUGUGACUGAAACUUUGAGAAAAGCUGAAAUUUCCGGAAAAAAUUCUGGAAUUUUCUGAGUUUCAAGCUGAUUUUCAGCUUUACUGAAACAUUGAGAAACCUGAAAAUUUUGGAUUUUUUUAGCCUAAAAAUGGUUUUCUGAAAAUUUGGGGGAAAUCUGGAAUUUAUGACUGAAAAUUUUGAAAAAGCUGAAAAUUUCGGAUUUUUUGAGCUCAGAAAUGUUUUUUUUGGAAAUUUUCAAUAAAUUGAAAAUUAAAAAAUUUGUGAAAAAAUUUUAAAAUUACAGAAUUCUUGGCUGAAAUUUUAUAAGUUUGAAUUUUUGACUGAAAAUUUGAAAAGAGCUGAAAAUUCUGCAUUUUUUUGAGCCUAAAAAUGUUUUUCUGAAAAUUUUGAAAAUUUCGAAAAAUCAAUUUUUGAAAAAAAAAUGUUUGAAAAAAAUUUGAAAACGAAAAUUCCCAAAAUCGUUCUCCAUAAUAAUUAAAAUUGAUUUUUUUAAUUGAAUGUGUUCCAUUUUUUUUUUCGAACACAAAAUUUGUCCUUGAGAGUUUUUUCGUGUUUUUUUCUCUUCAAAAAAAAUAAACGAAAUUAUCCGUUCAAGGAGAAAAAUUUUUGGCGCGAAAUUCAAAAAAAAAAAAAAAUUUCCCGCGAAUUUCAAAUCAAAAAAUCUUUUAAACAAAUAAAAAAUCAAAUAAUAAUUUGUUGUGUCUCUGGUCUCUCUCAUUUCCCCAUACUCUCUCUCUCUCCCUCUCUCGCCUCCUCUUUUUUCUCUGCACUCUCUCUAAUCUCUCGUCUUCGCCACUUUUUUUUUUUGCGACGAUUUUUCCAAAGUGUAAACUUUUCAAAAUGCGGGACGACGAGAGAGUGUGGAGAGUGUAGAGAGAAGCAGACGGCGAGAGAGUGUGGAGAGUGCAGAGAGUGGGCAGAGAAACAGGGAGACGAAAUUUUUUCUUUUUUUUCGCAUUUUUUUUGCUGUGCCCCCUUUUCGUUUUUUUUUUCGACGUCGCGUUUUUUUCCACAAUUUUUUUUUUGAAAAAAUGCACGGAUAUGGGUUUUUUGAAACAAAAUUUGAAAUUUUUUGGUCAAAAAUUUUCGAGUUUCAGAUCUCUCUGAAAUUCUGAAUUCUAGAAUUCGGGGAUUUUUUGACCUGAAAUUUGAAAUUCUUAAAAUUUCUUUGAAAAAUCAGAAUUUUGAAAAAUAUUAGCUUCUGAAAAUUGAAGAAAUUUCAAAAAUUAAUUUUACAAAAAAUUUUUUUGAUUAAUUAAAAAUUAAUAAAAAAUUAAUAUGUUAGGUCACAAAAGAUCCCUUUUCUUUAACCUGAGCAAUGCUAAUAAAUCCAGAAAAUUUUUUGAAAAAAUAAAUGUUUCGGUAGAGCGAAUUUGAUAUUUUUCCUAAAAUUUUAUUCAAAAAUUCCGAAAACAACUUUUUUUUCCGAAAAAAAACGUGUCCACGUCAUUUUCUGCUUCUUAUCAUCUCAUUUUCCAAUUUUUUCCCAAUUUUUUUCGCACUUUUUUCUUUUCUCAUCAUAAAAUUCGGCCAUUUUCCCAUAAUUUUUCCCGAUUUUUUUUCUGAUUUUUUUUUGAGAGAGAAAAUGAGAGAGAAAGAGAAAACGGCACCGAAAAUCGAUUUUUCGAUGAUUUUUUUGUGUUUGUGUGUGUUUUGUGUGGAAAUAUGAAUGACGAGUAAUUUCCGGGAAUUUUUUUUUGUUGGGGGAAAUUGGAUUUUUCAAAUUGAAAACCUUUUGAAUUUCUAUGGGAAUUCUGAAAAUCCCUAUUUUUUUUCACCCAAAAAUAUUGAUGAAAAAUAGCGAAUGCGCUCUAUUGAACUAUUGAUUUUCUCUGAAAAUUUUUGAAUUUUUCUUAUCCAGGCAUUGCUCAGAUUAGUUGAACUCUCUGAAAAUUAUGAAAACUAUAAAAUUUUGACCUCGAAAAUUCAGGAAUUUUGAUUUUCUGAAGAUUUUUGGAUUCAAAAUUUCCACAUCUUCCAAUAAUUGCUCAGGUUAAACUUUUGAAUUUUCGAAAAAUCCAGGCAUUGCUCAGAUUAGUCGAAUUCUCAGAAAAUCAUAAAAGCUACAAAGUUUUGACCUGAAAUUCCUCGAAAAUUCAGGAAUUUUGAUUUUCUGAAGAUUUUUCAAAUUCAAAAUUUGUAUAUUUUCCAAGAAUUGCUCAGGUUAAACUUCUGAAAAUUGUCUAAAAAUCAUGAAAGCCAUGAAAUUGUGAUCUGAAAUUUCCCAAAAAGUUGGAUUUUUUUUUCAAAAUUUCUGGAUUUUUCAAGCAUUGCUCAGGUUAAACUUUUGAAUUUUUGGAAAAUCCAGGCAUUGCUCAGGUUAAAAACUCUCGAAAAUUCACUAAAAUAUUUGUUCUAAUACCAAAUUUUACCAAAAAUCCAAAUUUCGCCACCAAAAUCCUCGAUUUUUGCAGCCUCCUCCCUCACAUCAUCAUCAAAUAGUCGAUUCGUCGACAACACAGCAAAUGCUGGCCACAAAUACCGGCCAAAUUCACCCACAAGAGACCAAACUACUCGCCACCAACAACAAAAUCGAGGAUUCGCCCAACGCCGCGUCUGCCGCCGGCGGCCAAAAUUCCUCGUCUUCUUGUUCGCCGGCGACGCCGCAGCAACAACACAACGAUAUGAAUCCGCAGCAAGCUAUGCAACAGGCUAUGAAUAUUCCGAGACACGGUGAGUUGUUUUUGGGGGGAUCCUUGUGAAAUUUGGAGCAAAAUGAGCCCGAAUUCGACUAAAAAUAGCAAAUGUGCUCUAUUGAACUAUUGAUUUUUCUCAAAAAUCCGGUUUCGCAUGCAUUGCUCAUAUUAAUAGGAACAUUUUUUUUUGGAAAAUAAUUAGCAUUGCUCAUGUUAAACUCCAAAAUUUCACUCAAAAAUCUGGUUUUCAAAGCAUUGCUCAUGUUAAACUCCAAAUUCCCCGAAAAAACUGUUUCCUUCGAAAUUUUCAGCAUUGCUCAUAUUAUACCAAAUGUUUUAAUGGAAAUUUUACUUAAAAAUAUGGUUUUCAAAGCAUUGCUCAUGUUAAACUCCAAAAUUUCACUCAAAAAUCAGUUUUUCAAAGCAUUGCUCAUGUUAACCCCCAAUUUUCCUUCGAAAUUUCGAGCAUUGCUCAUCUUAUACUCAUCUAGAUUUUUUCACUCGUAUUUCAUUUGAAAAAUAACACAUUUUUGCUCAAAAACUUGCCUACCCAAGCGAAAAAAAAUGUUUUUUUUCUCAUUUUUUUUCGCGAAAAAAAAAUUGGCCACGCCCAUUUUCGCCUCCCUGCUUCUUCGUUUUUUUUUCUUCGGACCUCCUCGCUCGCAAUUUUUUUUCUGCGCGAAAAAAACGAAGAAUUUUUUUUCUGCUUUGCACUUGUGACACUUCUUGUCAAGGCGAAAAACGAGAAGCUUUUGGACGUUUUUUUUCUUUUUUUUUUAUCGAUUUUUUUCUGGCCAGCCAGAAAAAAGGGAUGUUUGAAAUGAAAAAAAUUGGGAGGGCACAGAAAAAUGGGCGGAGCCUAAAAAAUCUUAAUCUUCUGAUUAGAACGAACCCCAAUUUGAUAUAGAGCAAAAUUUGGUUUAAAUGCCGCACAGAAAAAUGGGCGUGGCCUAAAUUUUGCAAGAUUUUUGAAUGCUUUUUGAUCUUCUGAACAUAAUUUGAUAUAGGGCAUGGAAAAAUGGGCGGAGCUUGUUAAGAAAACUGCAAGAUUUCGAUUUGCCGCACAGAAAAAUGGGCGGAGCCUAAAAAUCGCUGGAAUUCCCAAUUGAAAAUAGUCAUGUUUAUACUCAUUCUGAUCCUCUCUUCCCGCACAGAAAAAUGGGCGUGGCCUAAAUUUCGCAAGCUCUUCGAAUAGAACUUAUUCUUCUGAACAUAAUGAUACCUACUGUGAUAUAGGGCAUGGAAAAAUGGGCGGAGCUUAGGAAAACUGCAAUAUUUCGAUUUGCCGCACAGAAAAAUGGGCGGAGCCUAGAAGGUCUUGAUCUUCUGAUUAGAAUGAUCCCUAAUUUGAUAUAGAGCAAAUAAAAUUGGUUUCGUUGCCGCACAGAAAAAUGGGCGUGGCCUAAAUUUUGCAAGAUUUUUGAAUAGAACUUUUUCUUCUGAACAUUAUGAUACCUAAUUUGAUAGGGCAUGGAAAAAUGGGCGGAGCUUAGGAAAACUGCAAUAUUUCGAUUUGCCGCACUGAAAAAUGGGCGUGGCCUAAAAAUCCCAUUUUCUCAAUUGAAAAUAGCCAUGUUUAUACUCAUUGUGAUCCUCUCUUCCCGCACAGAAAAAUGGGCGUGGCCUAAAUAAUUUUUUUGUUUGCAGAUGAGCUAACACCAGCCGAUUUCGAUCGAGUUGUUGGAAUAAUGAACACGCACACGGCUCAAAAAUUGGAACAGCAACCGCUGGAUUUGGAAUAUAUGCACAUGAUGCAGACGCGACUCGUUGAAGCACAUCAACAACAUCAACAGCAUUUAUGUGGGUUUUGGGGGGUUUUUUGGAGCAUUGCUCAUGUUAUUUUUCUUAAAAAUCUGAUUUUUCGAUAUAUUGCUCAUGUUAAACCCGAAAUUUUUCAUAUUUUUGAUCAAAAUAACAAUGAUUUUUCAAAUUUUGUGUUUUUUAUUUCAAAAUUUUUUGAUUUUUCUCAAAAAUCUCAAUUUUCCAAGCAUUGCUCAGGUUAAACUCCUGAAUUUUCGAAAAAAAUCCCGAAAUGGCUCAGAUUAGUCGAACUCUCAGAAAAUCAUAAAAACUAUAAAAUUUUGACCUGAAAUUCCUCGAAAAUUCAGGAAUUUUGAUUUUCUGAAGAUUUUUUUAAUUUAAAAUUUGUAGAUUUUCCAAGCAUUGCUCAGGUUAAACUCCUGAAUUUUUGGAGAAUUCAGGCAUUGCUCAGACUAAUCAAACUUCUCUGAAAAUUGUCUAAAAAUCAUGAAAACUAUGAAAUUUUGAUCUAAAAUUUCUUUUUUCUGAGAUCAAUUCUUAAGAUUUUUGUAAAAUUUCUAGAUUUUCUAAGCAUUGCUCAGGUUAGUUUUUUUACGAGAAGCUUUUGGACGUUGUUUCUUCUUUUUAUCGCCAGAAAAAAGGAAUUAGCAUUGCUCAUGUUAGCGAUUUUUCCUUUAAAAAAUCUCAAUUUUCAUCACAUUGCUCAUGUUAAACUCGCAAUUUUUCUUCACAUUUCAGUUCAAGGAUUUGGACGUCCCGCUCAACUUAUUGAUCGACAUCAAUCGACAAAUCUGCCGCCGAUUGUGGGCGCAAAUUCGAGUUCGACAAGCAGCGGGCAGCAGCAGAAUGGCGGCGGGAAUUCGGGAACGGGAGGACCCGCACCCACGAGGAGAUCGAGGUAAGAGACGCAGAGUGGCUAGAGAGAGCGAGAGAGAGAGGUUAGACAACCAGAGAAAAUUGUGAUGUUAGAGACGAAUAGGAUAGAUAGUCAGAGAGCGAGUAUAGACGCUUGAGAGAGAUUAGAGAAGACAUAGACAUUAGAGAACAAGAGGAAUUGAGAGAGGCCAGACGGUUAGAGAUAGAAAAGUGGGUUAGAGACGCAGAGAAAAUAUAAAGGGUUAGAGAACAUAGAGUAAUGAGAGAUGAAAAUAGUUAGAGACUCAGAGGAUAGCUAGAGAGUAUAGACGCUUGAGAGAGAUUAGAGAAGACAGAGACAUUAGAGAACAAGAGGAAUUGUGAGAGCCUAGACGGUUAGAUAUUUAAAAAAGUGGGUUAGAGACGCAGAGAGAAUAGAAGGGUUAGAGAACAUAGAGUAAUGAGAGAUCUAGAGAUGAAGAGAGCAAAAAUAGUCAGAGACGCAGAGGAAAGCUAGAGAGUACAGGAAAUUGAGAGAUGUUAGAGAAGCAGAAAAUGAGAGAGAGAGAGGCUAGACGGUUAGAGAUAAAAAAAAGUGGGUUAGAGACGCAGAGAAACUAGAAGGGUUAGAGAACAUAGAGUAAUGAGAGAUCUAGAGAUGAAGAGAGCAAAAAUAGUCAGAGACGCAGAGGAAAGAUGGAGAGUACAGGAAAUUGAGAGAGAGAGAGUAGGAGGCUAGACGGUUAGAGAUAGAGAGGCUAGACGGUUAGAGAUAGACAAGAUUCAGACAGUGGGUUAGAGACGCAGAGAAAAAAAUUGUUUGCAGAUCUGUCAACGAUGGAAUGCUAAAAUGUCAAUUCUGUCCGAAGAAAUGGGUAAACGAGCGAAGUCUGCACGUUCACAUGACAGAAUGUCGACUUAGUCGAACUCACGAAUGUCCGCAUUGCGGAAAACGAUUCAAAGCACGCGGCGGACUACAACAACAUUCGAGAAUACACGCAAAUGACCGCGCCUAUACUUGCCAAUUUUGUCAGAAAACAUUCACGCAAAAAAGUCAUUUGGAUCAACACGAGAGAAUACAUACUGGUGAGGAUUGCUCAUGUUGAAUUUGAAAUUUUCGGGUUCAGCUGGAAAUUUGGAGCCAAAUGAUAUCUCAUUUGAUAUAGUUUUGAGGCAUUGCUCAUGUUAAUCUUUUUUUUCAAAAUUUUAAUAGAUUGCUCAUGUUAAGCAACUUGCUUUUCAAAGGAAUUUUGAGCAAAUUUCACUUUCUUGAUAGAUUUUGAGGCAUUGCUCAUAUUAAACUAUUUUUUUCGAAAAUUUAAUAGAUUGCUCAUGUUAAAAUAGGAAAUUUGACGCUGAAAAUCCAUAUUUUUAAAAAUUUUGAGAUUUUUCUAGGAUUGCUCAUGUUAACUUUGAAAUUUUCUGAUUCAGCUGGAAAUUUGGAGCCAAAUGAUACCUCAUUUCAUAUAAUUUGAGACAUUGCUCAUAUUAAUCUAUUUUUUUCAAAAUUGUAUUAGAUUGCUCAUGUUAAGUAAUCUUAUUGAUUUUAGAAAAAAUUCACCUUUUUAAUGAAUUUUGAGGCAUUGCUCAUAUUAAUCUAUUUUUUCAAAAUUUUAUUAGAUUGCUCAUGUUAAAAUAGAAAAUUAGAAGCUGGAAAUCCAUAUUUAAAUAAUUUUGAGAUUUUUCUAGGAUUGCUCAUGUUAAACUCGAAAUUUUUUCUGAUUCAACUGGAAAUUUGGAGCCAAAUGAUACCUCAUUUCAUAUAAUUUGAGACAUUGCUCAUAUUAAUCUAUUUUUUUCAAAAUUGUAUUAGAUUGCUCAUGUUAAAAAAAAAGUUCAAAUCGAAAAAAAAAAUUUAAAAAAUUUUUUGACAAAAAAUUUUCAAUGUCAAAAAACUUUAUUUUUACCACACAAAAAAUGAAAAAAAGAAAAUUUUUCAAUGAAAAAAAAAGUUUUUUUCGCCCCCUAAAUCAUUGCUCAUAUUAAUAUUUCCCCCCGAUUUUCUAGGAGCAAAACCAUUUGUUUGUCAACAUUGCGGUCGUCAAUUUCGACAAAGAUCUCAACAAAUCGGACACGAAGCCACACAUUCAUCAGGUUCAAAUCGACAUUCGCAAUCAACAUCGGCUUCCGGCUCAAACCCGGCUCAAAACGGCGCCGGCGGCGGCUCGGGCUCCUCUUCAUCCGGCGGCUCAUCGGGACAACGAAGCGAAGGCGCCACUCCGUCGCCGGUGACUGCCGCAGCGGCAGCCGCAGCCGCGAAUCAUGUCGCUGCGGCGAAUUCGAUUGCCGCCGCCGCCGCAAUGAUGCACGCUCAUCAUCAUCAUCAACAAUUGGUUGGAACUAGCGAUUUGUUGGGACAUUUGGAUGUUAGCGCCUAUUUCGCGUAGAUCAGUUCUGGUGAGUUGAUGAGGCACGGUUUUGUGGGCGUGGCUUAGGAUUUGGAGCAUUUUGAUACCAAAUAUGACGUGGAAAAUGUUUGCGGCACGGUUUUUUGGGCGUGGCUUAGGAUUUGGAGCAUUUUGAGACCGAAUAUGAUGUGGAAAUUGUUGCGGCGCGGUUUUUUGGGCGUGGCCUAGGAUUUGGAGCAUUUUGAUACCAAAUAUGAGGUGGAAAAUGAUUGCGGCGCGGUUUUGUGGGCGUGGCUUAGGAUUUGGAGCAUUUUGAUACCGAAUAUGACGUGGAAAAUGCUUGCGGCACGGUUUUGUGGGCGUGGCUUAGCAUUUGGAGCAUUUUGAUAUCAAAUAUGACGUGGAAAAUGCUUGCGGCGCGGUUUUUUGGGCGUGGCUUGAGAUUUGGAGCAUUUUGAUAUCAAAUAUGACGUGGAAAAUGCUUGCGGCACGGUUUUUUGGGCGUGGCUUGAGAUUUGGAGCAUUUUGAGACCGAAUAUGACGUGGAAAAUGAUUGCGGCGCGGUUUUGUGGGCGUGGCCUAAAAUAUUUAUAUAUUUCAGCUUCUUCUCUUCAAAUUCGUCAGCAAAGUAUUUAUUGAUUGUUUUGUUUAACCCACGGUAAGCCACGCCCACAAAACCACGCCGCAAAAUUGCAAUUUUUGCAGAUUUCUCUUCUUGCCGUGCAUCACCACACUUUUUUUCUAG